UCCAAGUGGCAGACCUGCCUCCGCGCGCUGCCCAAUGAGAUCCAUCAGGGGAGGCACCCGGCUCACUUUUCCACAUCACUUCACAGUUGCAUUUGGCAGGCGGGCGGGCUCGCACGCCGGAGCGCUCAGCCCCGAAUCCGUGGAUUGCUCGGGCACCUCCCUGCCUCCUGGCAGCUCCGCCGCCGCGGCCGGUGGGCGGCUUGGCGCACAGACGGGAGCGCCCGCCCGGCCGCCGCACUUGGGGCCGCGGACACCCGGAGCCCAGCGCGCCCGCCCCGCGGCUCCCACCGGCAUGAACGGGAUCCGGAGGCGCCUGCCCAGCGCGCGGGGACUGCUCGCCACUCGCCGCCCUCGGGAGCCGACCCCGAGUCCCUCCAGCCAUUUGUGAACCAAGCGGCUUGACAUUCGCCAGCGCGGAGCCAGCCCAAGCAAUUUCAAUGAAAAGGCAAGCCAAUGGAUGCUGGUCUUAGAAACCCUGUUCAGAUGGUGUCUGCCUGCUGUGCUGUGAACACGUGGCGGCCCCGUGAGUAAACGCUCUGCCCUGCAUGAUGAAUUGGAUGGCUGUGGACCGGAGGCGAAACGAGUAAUUGUCUCAUUUUCGUGCUCAUCUGCUUAACCGGUGGGACCAUGCCAGAACGGCUCUCGGAAGCGCUCUUGGAUCUCUGGACUCCAUUAAUAAUAUUAUGGAUUACUCUCCCCGCCUGCGUGGACACGGCUCCGACGACUCCGUCUCAAGUUCUGACGAGUGGAUCCCGUUUGGAACUAAACAGGCUGAGUGAAGAACAGCGGAUCUUGAACCGCUCCAAACGAGGCUGGGUUUGGAAUCAAAUGUUUGUCCUGGAGGAGUUUUCUGGACCGGAACCGAUUCUUGUUGGCCGGCUGCACACAGACCUGGAUCCUGGGAGCAAAAAAAUCAAGUAUAUCCUGUCGGGCGAUGGAGCUGGGACCAUCUUUCAAAUAAAUGAUAUAACGGGAGAUAUCCACGCUAUAAAGAGACUUGACCGGGAGGAAAAGGCUGAGUAUACGCUCACAGCUCAGGCAGUGGACUUUGAGACCAACAAGCCCCUGGAGCCUCCUUCAGAAUUUAUUAUUAAAGUUCAGGACAUCAACGACAAUGCACCGGAGUUUCUUAAUGGACCCUAUCAUGCGACUGUGCCGGAGAUGUCCAUUUUGGGUACGUCUGUCACUAAUGUAACAGCCACCGAUGCUGAUGACCCAGUUUAUGGCAACAGCGCCAAGUUGGUGUACAGCAUCCUGGAGGGGCAGCCUUAUUUUUCCAUUGAGCCAGAAACAGCAAUUAUAAAAACUGCCCUUCCCAACAUGGACAGAGAAGCCAAGGAGGAGUACCUGGUCGUCAUCCAAGCCAAAGACAUGGGUGGCCACUCCGGGGGCCUGUCCGGGACCACGACACUGACAGUGACUCUUACUGAUGUUAAUGACAAUCCUCCAAAAUUUGCCCAAAGUCUGUAUCACUUCUCAGUACCUGAAGAUGUGGUUCUUGGCACUGCCAUAGGCAGGGUAAAGGCCAAUGAUCAGGAUAUUGGUGAAAAUGCGCAGUCAUCGUAUGACAUCAUUGAUGGGGAUGGAACAGCACUCUUUGAAAUCACCUCUGAUGCCCAGGCCCAGGAUGGCAUCAUAAGACUAAGAAAGCCUCUGGACUUUGAGACCAAGAAAUCCUAUACGCUGAAGGUGGAGGCGGCCAAUGUCCACGUCGACCCACGUUUCAGCGGCAGGGGGCCCUUUAAAGACACGGCCACGGUCAAAAUUGUCGUUGAGGAUGCUGAUGAGCCUCCUGUCUUCUCUUCACCCACUUAUCUCCUCGAAGUUCACGAAAAUGCAGCUCUGAACUCCGUGAUUGGGCAAGUGACCGCACGUGACCCUGAUAUCACCUCCAGUCCUAUAAGGUUUUCCAUCGACCGGCACACUGACCUGGAGAGGCAAUUCAACAUUAACGCAGAUGAUGGGAAGAUAACGCUGGCAACGCCACUUGACAGAGAGUUAAGUGUAUGGCACAACAUAACGAUCAUUGCUACUGAAAUUAGGAACCACAGUCAGAUAUCACGAGUACCUGUUGCUAUUAAAGUGCUGGAUGUCAAUGACAACGCCCCUGAAUUCGCAUCCGAAUAUGAGGCCUUUUUAUGUGAAAAUGGAAAACCCGGCCAAGUCAUUCAAACGGUGAGUGCCAUGGACAAAGAUGAUCCCAAAAACGGCCAUUAUUUCUUAUACAGUCUUCUUCCAGAAAUGGUCAACAAUCCGAAUUUUACCAUCAAGAAAAAUGAAGAUAAUUCCCUCAGCAUUUUGGCCAAGCAUAAUGGAUUCAACCGUCAGAAGCAGGAAGUCUACCUUUUGCCAAUCGUCAUCAGUGACAGCGGGAACCCUCCUCUGAGCAGCACCAGCACGCUGACCAUCCGGGUCUGUGGCUGCAGCAGUGAUGGUGUUGUCCAGUCCUGUAAUGUGGAAGCUUACGUCCUUCCGAUUGGACUCAGUAUGGGCGCCCUAAUUGCUAUAUUGGCAUGCAUCAUUUUGCUGCUAGUCAUCGUGGUGCUGUUUGUCACUCUGCGGCGACAUAAAAAUGAGCCAUUAAUUAUCAAAGAUGAUGAAGAUGUACGAGAAAACAUCAUUCGCUACGACGACGAAGGAGGCGGGGAGGAAGACACGGAGGCCUUUGACAUCGCCACUUUACAAAACCCGGAUGGAAUUAAUGGAUUUUUACCCCAUGAAGACCUACUACGAGAGUCUAACUAGAAUUCUAGAACAUUCAACUAAAUUAUUGCAAGAAUCACCUUUAUUUGUAAGAGCUUUUAUAUAAAGAACCAAGGAUGUGAAAUGGCUUGAUCACACCAUCUCAGGCACUGGCUUGGGCUGCCUGAAAAGAACAUGACUUUGGCUAGAAAACUGAAGGUACCAAUUUUUGGAGGCUACUUCUACUAUGAUAGAAACAAAAUAUUUAAAUAUGAUACUUAGAAUUGACAACUCUCCAGUGACUUAAAUGAGGCCUUACUGAGUUUUUGUUGCCUGAGAUUCAUCCAUAGUUUGUCCUUUAUGUGUAUCAUGAUAGCUGUUGAAUGUGUUUUUGGAGGUCAAAGCGAUUGCCCCAAAUGUUUUCAAAAUACACUAGGAUUUGGAACAAUGUCUGAAACAAAUAUUUGGUGAGUGUAAAUUAUUAAUAGUAGUAUUAGUAAUAAUAUUCACUGAUAAUAUUCUGACUACCUUACACAUUCUAAACCAAGGUAAGAUGAUUACUUUAUUUAUCUCUUGCAUACCAGACUCAUUUCUAGUAUAUUUCUCAGUGAAGUGCCAUAAAGUACAGAUUUAUAAACAUGGUUAACAAAAAUCAUGCUAAUUUUUGGAAUAUAAAAUCCAUAUCCUCCAAUCUUGGAAAUCAAUAGGAUAAUCACCUAUGAUGGUUUCCAUGAGCAGGAGAUAAUGCCUGGUAUACCACUUGCCCAAAGCUCACCUCAAAAUUCACUUUGCCCAUAGAGACAGCAUGAAAGUGUGGGUCUCUUGCUGACUUUGUUGUUGUUGCCAUCACCAUGCUAGCACUUGGUGCUUAAAAACCCAUUUAAGUUGUUACAAUAUGGAAUCAAGUAUGUUUAUUACUAGGACUGAACUAUAUUUUUGGUGUACCCUGAAUUUAAAUUAAAGUCCAAGGAACACAGAGGCAUUCUCUCUCUCUCUCUCUCUCUCUCUCUCUCUCUCUCUCUCUCUCUCUCUCUCUCUCUCUCUCACACACAUACACACACACACACACCCCUAGACUUAACUACUUUUUACUUUAGCAAUAGACUUUCCAGGAUUUCUUUAACCAAGAGAAGGCAUGAGCGUUCCUAAACUUUUAGAAUUUGAGAACCCCAUGUUCAACUCUUUAAAUAACACAUAUUUUUAAUUUUAUCAAAGUGACUGUUUUUGUCUCUGUGCACUGUUUUCUGUUGCAUGGGCAUUUUAAUGUGUCUAUAGAUCCCAACCAUUAGUCCUUUCCCAUUCUUCUACCAAAUGGAGAAGAACUAUUGAGUUGAUGCAAAGUGAGACAAAAUCAUCUCCCUCUACCUAUCUCACAAUUCAAGGCUCCUAUGUGGGGAGAUGAACCAUCCCUGAGUGGAUUGGUCAUCACAUGGAUCAAUUCAGCCUUGACCCUGUCCACUCACUGAUCAAAUCAAAUUAUAAAAAUGUCUUUUAAACAUCCAUCUAUGUACAGUCUAGAGAAUGAAGGGCCCAUUCUUUACAGUAAUCGUUGAUGAGUAUAGUUAUUUUAAGAUUAAAAAUAACUUACAAGAGGAUGGUUAAACGAUGCUAGACAUUAAAUUCAAGUGUUAACCUUGCCACACAGAAUUGUGAUUUCGAGAUUAUGAAGAAUGAAAAUGUUCCGAGGAAAAAUGCGUGGGUAAGUGUUUGUGUGUGUACAAAAUAAAAGAACUUAGAUUCACUGGCAUCACCGGUGAAACCAGAAUGCUUAGAAAGAGCCAAAUGUGUCUUUGGGAGAGUUUGUUUAAUCAGAUGCUUAAAAUAAGACAGGUCUCUGCAUGAGACCUAGAAAUCUCCUAGGAACAGCCAGAUUUCACACUGAGUCUCAGUGGAGUUCUGGGCUGGGCUGCGUUUUGGAGAAGGAAAUGCGGGUGCUGAGAGCUAAGUAGCCAAUUACUCUUUAUAGCCACAUAAGGACUGGAGGCAAGUGGGCCCUUCCAACAAGUUGUAUUAUGCGAUCACGGGCUUUGCAGGGGAUCUCACGAAUGUAUAACCUUCUGAUUGCCUUUUUGAUUGAAAGUUCCAUCUGAGAUCAGGGCAGUGCAAGCAGUAAUAAGAUUUCAAAAAUUCCCAUCACUGGCACUGUAGGAAAGGCUGAGCAUGACUGAAAUCCUAUUAUUGUCAGUCAAAAAGAUAAGGUAACAGUGGGCAUCGCUAUAAAAGCUAUAUAAAUGCACAAUUUA